AUGACCGGUUAUGAUUCUGUGUAUACGUAUAAUGCGACCGCCGGUGUUGGCCAGUUCAACGGCUCAUUUGUACAGCCGUACCUACAAAAGCUGCAGAAUCUAUCCCCACAAUACCCAUAUCGUGUCGUGCCAUAUACAGCACUGUCCAUGCUCUAUGACUUUGUCGUCAAUCCGAUGCAUUCGGUAGUUGGCGACCCCAUUGCCUGUCAUGACAAAGACUGCGAUUCAUAUUUGCUCACUGGAGGGCUCAUCAUGACAACUCCAUGGCCACCUUUGAGUCAUCCCUCGGAGUCUGUCAUUAAAAUAUACGACGUGCCUUCAACCCAAAUCGAAUUCAAGCGUCGUAUAUCUGAUAGAGAUAUGUUCAUGGAUAAGGACUGCAUGGUUUUUGGUGACGACCAGACACUGAUCGGGCUGAGAUUUUGUUUAGCAAAUAACACGAAAGCCAACGGAUCAAUUACGGCCGGCUUAUAUGUGUGUCCAAACGGCACCCAGGCGGGUAAAUGUGAGGGCACAGGUAUUUUUCCAAAUCUCACGACGACAUUUUCUGUUUACAGUCGCAAAGCGAAUGUUGUCGCAUCCCGGUCAAAUUAUAGCGUUGUCGCGAUCUCAGAGAUUGGGGAGCCCACCAAAAACACCGAUAUUGAUCUUGUCGGCUUUAAAGAGGCUAUAACCUGGCUCCUAGACUAUAAAGCCGCCCAAAUUCCUGCUACGUCUUCAAUCGCAGAACAUUUCUGGAGCGGUCAAGACCAGCUCAGCAACAAGUAUUGGUCCAGAGAGCUAUAUCAGACGUUUCAGAGUAUUCUUGCGUUUCCACUCUGGAAAUUCAAUCCCAACAACUUUGGCAAUGUAGAGCUGUCGGCGCAAGAAAUCACUACAUCGCUCCCUCAAGAAUUUCACACAAAGGCAGCGAUUGCUACGCCGUAUACGAGGAUAGUUCUCAACAAGUCGAUGUUUAUCCUUUUCCUCCUGUUACAUAUUCUGGUGCUUACGUUCGUCUGGGCAAUGCUCUUAUGGUUGGUGAUUACUCGGCCAGAUUUGCCAAAAAUUUCAUCCUACCCCCUUUUCGAUUUUGCGUUUAAGACAAGGUACACAAUGCCAUCCGAUCCUCCGCCUCGGCACCAGAAGUCAGAAAAUCCUCCGAAACAUAUAGUGAGAAUUGGCGAUAAGGAAAUACUUUCGGAUCUAAGUCAGCUAGAAGUAUUUUUGCGUGGGAGGGGAGCUGGGUUAAAUUCGCGGCAGACGCCUGAAACUCUCUACAGUGUGCUUUUCAACCUACCAGCACAAGCACAGAUUCUGACGGAUAGUUCCCAUGAGGCCCUUGUAUCAGAAGCUGGAGAGGACGAGAGGAAGAAGUUUCUUUCCCAGGCUCACCCGGCAAAUAUUUCCUAAAAAUUAUGGUCUAUAGAGGACGCAAUUAUGCCGUCUGGAAAGAGGUAAUCAGAGCCGUCUCUUGAGCGUCAGGAUGUCGGGAUGAAUGAAUGCAGAGAGGGCAGUCCGUAGUUAUUUCUCGACCGGUUGAACCAUCUUACGUAACUAAACCACUCAAUCUUGAUAAUAUUUGAUCAGCCCGCGAACUAAUAUUCAUUUACCCAACCUCU